AGUAUAAUUACGUAACUGCCAACGUCGCACAUAGUAAACUGUAUUUAAGACUGCUUGGGGUCAUCUCUCCGUUGCAUCCGUGUUCACAAAGUGCUCUUUGAGGCGUAGCCUGUUUCAGGAGCGACUCACCUAAUUACUGGCAGAAUGGUGCCUCCUUUUAUCGGCCAGGCGCUGUUUUUUGCCAUCGCAACUGCGAUGGGCAUCUGGAUGACUGCGUAUGUCAACCUCCAGAUAUUAAUACACGGCAAAGGCAUCCUCGUUCCACAGAACCGCACUGUGCCUGACGAUUUCUAUAAUGCUAAGUACGGCAACCACUCGAAUGUGACAGUCGGCAAUAUUUCGUUUCACUAUGUGACAAAGGGGUGUGAUGUAAGUGAAAAUCGCACAGUGUUGCUUCUGUUGCAUGGAUUUCUUGACUUCUGGUAUAUCUGGAACAGGUUGAUACCGGAACUAGGCAACGAUUUCUGCGUGAUUGCGCCGGACUUACGUGGUUACGGCAACACGACGAGACCAAAUGACACUGCCGAAUAUCUUAUGCAGCAUCUGAUCGAAGACGUCAAAGGAUUGGUAGAAGCGUUCAGCAAUAACAAAAGCAGAAAAGUUGUGCUCGUAGGUCACGACUGGGGCGGAAUGAUCAGCUUCUGCUUCGCCACCAUGUACGAGGAGAUGAUACACAGGAUGAUUAUCGUAAACGGCAUGCAUCCUAGGGCUUUCAUAAGGCAGCUGUUUCGCAGUGUGAAACAAAUGAGGAUGUCCUGGUACCAGCUUCCCUUCCGACGUCCUGUUGUGCCCGAGCAGUAUCUGAUCAUGAAAGAUUUGGCUUUCUUAGACAAAGUACACAAGGGUUUCACACAAGACGAGAAGUAUGCCCACAAGUACAUGUACUCGCAGCCAGGAGCGCUGACCGGUACCAUCAACUACUACCGCGCCUUCAACAACGACAGCGAUCAGCUGAGCAAAAUUCCGUACCGCAAGAUCAACGUCACGACACUCAUCCUCUGGGGAGAACGUGAUGAAUUCAUCAUGACACGCGUCGCGUACUACAACCAGUACUGGCUGUCAAAUUCAGUGGCGAUCUACUACGAAGGAGCGGGGCACUUCCCGCAACGAGAGUGUCCCGCGCACGUGACAGAUCGCAUCCGCGAAUUCGCGAAGCAUGGUAACGUGUCGAUAGCCGAAGAGAAGCGUUGGUGGCCGCAGAGGUGGUGGCAAAGUAGAGACCACUGCCGGGAGUCCAGAAAACCACGUGGCACUUGGAUACCUAGGAUUCCUCCUUUUAUUCCUGAUAAGGAGAAGCUACCCAAGGAAAUGGCAGAAUAAACUUUCAUCCGCAAGAA